AUGGAACCGGUACUCAUUGUCGGAGCUGGCAUCGUCGGCCUCACGCUCGGCCAAGCCCUGAAGCAAAAGAACAUUCCCUUUGAGAUCUACGAACGCGAUGAGACUCCCGACGCGCGCGGGCAAGGGUGGGCCAUUACUCUGCAUUGGGCGCUGGAACAUAUGUUUAAGAUGCUUCCUGCAGAGACCCUAGCCAGGAUUGAGGAUGUCCAGGUUGACCCCGAAGUUGCGCGCAAAGACAAUGGGAACUUUCUCUUUAUCAACCUGGCCACCGGGGAGCCAAAGUAUAAGAUUCCCCCUUCGCGACGGUGGAGAGUCAAUCGGGAGAAGAUGCGGAAGGCAUUGUUGCAGGGAAUCGAGGAGCAUGUUCAUUGGGGUCGACGGGUUGUGGGACUUCAGGUUGAUGACGUGCAGUUGGUGUUUGCUGAUGAUACAACUGUCAAGGGAAAGAUGAUUGUGGGAGCGGAAGGAAGUCGAUCGGUUGUCAGGCAGAUCCUGCGACCUGAUGCUUUCGAAAAUACACCUCUUCCGAUCCGUUUCACCGGCGUCGCUGUUGAUCUCACACCCGCGGAGAUCAAAGCCCUUCGAGAGAUGGAUCCAUUGUUGUUCCAAGGCUGUGACCCUUCAUCAGGCGUGUUUUUUUGGUUCUCCAUGCUAGAGACGCCACAGAGGAAUGGAACGGCCGGUUUGGAGUCGGAGCGCUUUCGUUGUCAGAUCUGUAUGUCGUGGCCGGUCAAAUCCCCAGACGACGAAGUCGCGGCUACCGACGAGGCGCGACUGGAAAACAUGAAGCGAAGGGCACAGGGUUUCGCACCAUUUUUGAAAGGAGCCGUGGAUCGCAUCCCAACUGGGACUAUGGUAACAGAGAUUAAGCUGGCGGACUGGGAAUGUCUGGACUGGAAUAAUCAUGGUGGUCGAGUAACCUUGGCGGGAGAUGCAGCGCAUGCAAUGACUAUGUAUCGUGGAGAGGCGGCGAAUCACGGUCUACUCGAUGCCUACCAGUUGAUGCAAGCGAUUGAGAAGGUCUACACCUGCACUGCGACGACUCAGUCCGCAAUUGACGAUUUCGAGCGGGAGAUGCGGAUACGGACUAGGCGAGCUGUGCGUCUCAGUCGACAAGCCUGUAUUGAUGCACAUGAUUGGAGUCGACUCGAUGAAACGUCUGCGAUUUUGACCAAACGAGCCAUUGAAUAA